AGAUAUGGAAACUUGGCAAUAAUUAUAAAAUGAAACCUCAGCACUUCAGUACUAUUAGAGGAAAUUUAUCUCCAAGUAGAUGGGAUAUGGAAGAAAGUGAUAGAGACAUGAGUAGACAGAAGAAAGCAGUAGAGGACGAUGAUACUGCAGAUAAGACAAUAUCUCACGCUUGGCCUAUUACUAUAGACAAGAUAAGAACAUGCAAUAGGAAAAGUUUCAUUGAUAGAGAUAAUCCUCUGAGAAACAUCGUCGAAGGUCCUUUCUCUCCUCAAGAAGAGAAGAAAGUUAAAGGCAAACAAAAUUAUUUCAGAAAGCCUCAGGCAAUCAAAAGAAUUCUAGAAAGAUUCUUGCCUGUUGGUUCCGAAAGAGCUAGAUUACCUGCUCAGAGGCGGAGACAUUUAUGGAAUAGAAUCAAAAGCGCGAGUCCAAGGUAAACCGACAUUUGAACCUUUGAAUAGAGAUCCAGCCCAAACCUCAAAAUCGAAAACUCUCAGAAUUGCUGAUCCUUGAGAUAAAAAGGAAGACUCAACUGCAGUGUACAAGAGCAUUUGAAAGAUCUUGUGAGAGUACGAUUUCUUGUAUUUUCAUAUCUAACUUUUCAUUUUUAGAAUCUUAGCUAUACUAAAUUUAACCACUGACUCCUCUGUGUGAUCCAAGGAUCUUCUCUUACUUCGCUCUCAACUUAAAUCCAAGAUUUCAUCUCUUAGUCUUUACCCAGCUGAUAUUGUAUCCAAGCUGAGCCC